GUCGACGCAUCCAAGCGGGGCUUUCACAUUAACAUCAAGGAUCCGACAGAAAAAAGGACUUUUAGGGUAAACAUAUUAAUAAAUACUAAUACUUGUUACCUGCUCAUAAAAAUUGUAAGAAAAAUAUAAAUCAUGGCGUCCGACGGCGGCGUGACCGGCGCACCAUCAGCAGUCUUCCAAUGCGACUCACAUCCAGUGAUUUCCCGUGUAUUCGGCGGCUCUGACCCCUCCGCUUUGGUCAGUGCCAUUUUCGCGAACUAUGCCAACCACAUUCCAGGUCUAGAACUACCAGAAGGAGACAGUAUGUUCGAAAUGGAUCACGUAUGCUGGCGAUGUGCAGAUAUUGAAGAAUACUUGCGGAUACGUCAACAGCUACUUGUGGAUUCUCUGAAUGGAGACGGAGAUGGUGCCGAUAUGUUGCUCGAGUCUAUGAUCGGUGGGCGUCCGAUUGCGACGUUCCAAUUGAAGGAGCCUUUGGUUUUUCGUAGAACGAGAGACAGAGUACUAUCCUCUGGAGACUCGCGUACUACGAACAACAUGGUCAUGAAGUGUUCAGUGAUCGAACUCCCUAGCCCAAAAAGAGGCAGUCCUUAUCCUAGUGGGUGGGAGCAUGCUGAAUUUGCUGUGGGAGAGGGAAGGUUUGAAGAGUUUGUGGCGAAAUAUGUUGGAGGAGGAAAUGGAGAGGAAAAUCCUGUUGAUGGCGCGGACCCUGAAAAACCACAUCCACUGAAUUGGUGUACUGACGCCUUGAAGAAAAAAGUGAAUGCGGACAUAUCUUUAAGCUUCACUUUCUCUAGGACUAAAGAAAAAGACCUCUCCACUGUGCAUGGCAGUGUCAAGUUUCAUGAACUACCUUUGGCAGAAGUAAUUCGAAGAGAAAUCAUGCAUGGGGACGUAAUACCGAUACCUGAAGAUUAUUUUUCUGGGAAAAGCGACUAGUACUACUUGAGAUCAUGCUUGUUGUCGCACCUGUGACAAU